UCCUUCUACUUAUUUUUUAAAAUUUUUGAUCGAUGUGGGAGAAGUCACAGAGAUUUGUUCGUUGAGGACAGAAGAAGAAAGCUUUCUAGAUCCACAAUACGUGGAGGCUGCACCACAAAACUCUCUCUCUGUCUCUCUCUCUCUCUCUCUCACUUCUCGGGCCUCCUCAUCUUUCUGUAUCUUUCUUUUCUUUUUAUACUUGUCUCCUUAUUCUUCUACGUCUUCUUCCUUUUUGAUGGUCAGCUUUACGUGAAAAUAUCUGUAAACAAACACCUCUCUCCUCUCUCUCUCUCUCUCUCUCUCUCUCUCUCUCUCUCUCUCUCUCGGGUCUUCUUUGUCAUUAUAUCUAUACUGGGUGCUUCUGGUUUUAGAGUUUCUUGAUUUGGGGUGAGGAGAUAGAUCAUUUCUGAUCCGUUGAUUGAUUUCCUAGUGAAUCUGGUUUGACAUUUAGCUGCAACAUCCUGGGAAAAAGGGUCUCUCUUUCCUGGACGUGAAGGAAGCUCGUUUUUUGUUCUUAAUAACUGCAAUGGGAGGCACACUGGGGAAACCCAAAUCACCAAGACAGGUUUGGAUACCAGAAACGAAGCUCGAGGCCAAAAUGGUUGAAGCUAUGCAGAGGAGAGCAUCUCAAGGAACUGCAAUGAAAUCAUUUAACAGCAUUAUCUUAAAAUUCCCAAAAAUUGAUGAGAGCUUAAGAAACUGCAAAGCAAUCUUUGAGAAAUUUGAUGAGGAUUCAAAUGGCGCAAUCGAUCAUGAAGAGCUAAAAAAAUGUUUCCAGAAGCUGGAAAUUUCUUUCACGGAGGAGGAAAUAGAUGAUCUCUUUCAGGCAUGUGAUAUUAAUGAAGAUAUGGGAAUGAAAUUCAAUGAAUUCAUUGUCCUUCUUUGUCUUGUCUAUCUUCUCAAGGAUGACCCUGCUGCUCUUCAUUCUAAAUCGAGAAUGGGGAUGCCAAAAUUGGAGGCAACAUUUGAGACACUGGUCGACACAUUUGUGUUUUUAGACCAGAACAAGGAUGGUUAUGUAAGCAAGAAUGAGAUGGUUCAAGCCAUAAAUGAAUCAGGUGAACGUUCUUCAGGAAGAAUCGCCCUCAAAAGAUUUGAAGAGAUGGACUGGGAUAAAAAUGGAAUGGUGAAUUUCAAGGAGUUUCUUUUUGCAUUUACUGGCUGGGUCGGAAUUGAAGAUGAGGAAGAAGGGGAAGCAACAUCUGAGGAAGUCAUCCCUGUUGUUCCCGUAUAUGAUACGGAUAAAAGGUCUCUCGAGUGCUCAAAUUGAGAUAUGAACGUAUAGGAGUGGCUUGUCAAAGCGUACCUUGUAUUUGUGAAGUAAAAAGUCUUUUAAGAUUUGGAACUCAAGUUGCAAGUCCAAAUAUUUAAAUGGUCUAUCAUUUUCAAGUGCCA